ACAAUAAUUUCAAAAAAGGGAAAUGUUGAAAGGUCAAGGCUUUGGGUGUUCGACUGGAGCGGCGGCUCCGGCGUCCCUCUCCCAUCUGCAGAGGCCAUUGCUUUGUAGCACAAACGCCGGCGCUGCUUUUUUGCCUCAUUAUUCGAAACCCAGCUGCCAGAAGCAGAGGAGUAGUAAGAGCAGUAGAAAUGGACGGCUGAGAUUGGUUUGCCGUGAGAUAAAGGCAGCCAUAGCCACUGCCGCCGAACCCACCACCACCGUCCAAACCAAAGUGGUUGUCCAAAAAGUCACUGGAGAAAUCACUUCGUCGACAAUUGUAAGGGAUGUCAAACCAGACGUUGAAAAGUUUCUCAAACUGGAGUUCGCCAGCAACCUGCUCGACCUCAAAACUGGGUCGGAGAAAGCGAGGAUAAAAGUUGAGGCAAGAUUGUCGAGUGAGGACCCGAAGGAGGAAAUUUACGAGGCAAGUUUCGAAGUUGGACCAGAUUUUGGGGAGAUAGGGGCCGUGAUUGUUGAAAACCCCAAUGAAAAGGAGAUGUACAUCAAAGAAGUGGACCUCACUGGGCUGGCUUCUGGUCCCUCCACCAUCACCUGCAACUCCUGGGUUCAACCCCCCACCGUGCUUCCUAAAGUACAGAGAGUCUUCUUCACCAGCAAGUCAUACUUGCCAUUGCUCACGCCUGCUGGACUCAAGUCCAUGAGGGCAAAUGAGCUGGUGAAUCUGCGGGGCAAUGGCACUGGUGAACGUGUACCAUACGAUAGAAUCUAUGAUUAUGAUGUGUACAACGAUCUCGGGAGUUGUAGUGGCGAUCUCAAAAGACCAGUUCUUGGUGGCGCUGAACAUCCUUAUCCCAGACGUUGUAGAACCGGCCGUCCACAUUGUGAAAAUUCCCCAGAGUUGGAAGAAAGGAGAAAAAAUGAGAGCAUAUACAUCCCUCGAGACGAGGCAUUCUCUAAUAUAAAGCAAGAUGCAUUCAUGAAAGAUUCAGUGUUGUCAUUCAUACACACCAUUGUGCCAAACUUGUGGGUACAUUUUGAUGACAAGGCUGGAUUCUCCAACUUCAAAGAUAUCGAUGCACUUUACGCGGUGGACGGCUUCAAACUUCCCACUCUUGAAUCCAGUACUUCUCUCAAGGAUGAUUUACCUUGGAUAUUCAAACUCGACUCUACAGGAAAAAUUUCGUUGCGCUUUGAUCCUCCUGAACCUAUGGACCGAGACAAGUUCUUUUGGUUAAGUGAUGAACAAUUCGCAAGGCAAACUCUUGCGGGUCUUAACCCAUGUAGCAUACAGUUGGUCACGGAAUGGCCACUAGUCAGCAAACUUGACCCUGAAAUCUAUGGUCCUCCUGAAUCUGCAUUCAACAUUGAAAUGCUCAAUCAAAAAAUUGGCUCAAUCACUGUUCAAGAGGCAAUUCAAAAGAAGAAACUAUAUAUAUUGGAUUACCAUGACAUGUUGUUGCCAUAUGUUCAAAAAGUGAGAGCCGUUGAAGGAACAACGCUUUAUGGAUCAAGGACACUAUUCUUUCUAAACGAAGAUGAAACCCUAAAACCACUAGCUAUUGAGCUAACUCGGCCACCCAUGGACGACAAACCGCAGUGGAAGAGAGUUUAUGGACCCAGCGAGCAGGCCACUCACCUUUGGAUUUGGAGAUUUGCCAAAGCCCAUGUUCUAGCCCAUGACGCUGGUUAUCACCAACUCGUUUCUCAUUGGUUAAGAACUCACUGCGCCGUGGAGCCUUAUUGCAUAGCCACAAACAGACAAUUGAGUGCAAUGCAUCCUAUCUAUAGGCUUCUACAUCCUCAUUUUAGGUACACUUUAGAGAUCAAUGCAUCUGCUCGUACCAAUCUUAUCAGUGCAGGUGGGACAAUAGAAUUCACAUUCUCACCACAAAAAUAUUCCAUGGAGUUGAGUUCCACAGCUUAUGAUCUUCAAUGGCAAUUUGACUUACAAGCCUUGCCAGCUGACCUAAUUCACAGGGGAUUGGCAGAGGAGGAUCCAACUGCUUCACAUGGUUUGAAACUGAACAUCAAGGACUAUCCUUUCGCUAAUGAUGGUUUGAUUUUGUGGGAUGCUCUUAAAGAAUGGGUCACAGAAUAUGUGAAUUAUUACUAUCACGACUCGAGCAUGGUAACAUCUGACGCAGAGCUCCAAGAAUGGUGGACUGAGAUUAGAACUGUGGGGCAUGCAGACAAAAAAGAUGCGGCGGGGUGGCCAACUCUCAACACUCCCCAAGAUCUAAUAGACAUAGUAACAAACAUUGCGUGGGUAGCAUCUGGUCACCACGCCGCUGUGAACUUCGGGCAAUAUGCAUAUGCAGGCUAUUUCCCAAACAGGCCUAGCAUAACAAAAACCAACAUGCCCACUGAAGAUCCCAACCCUGCACUUUGGAAAUGUUUCUUGGAAAAGCCAGAGCAUUUUCUUCUAGAUGCCUUCCCUUCGCAGUAUCAGGCGACAAAGGUAAUGAUGGUGUUGAAUAUUCUGUCAAGUCACUCUCCAGAUGAGGAGUAUGUUGGCAAGAAUAUGGAGCCAUCAUGGGGCGAUGAUCCUGUGAUAAAGGCAGCAUUUGAUAGGUUCAGUGCGAAGAUGAAGAAUUUGGAGGUUAUAAUUGACCGUAGGAAUGCUGAUUUCAGCUUGAAGAAUCGAACUGGGGCUGGGGUCUCUCCGUAUGAGCUUUUGAAACCAUUUUCAGAGUCUGGGGUCACUGGAAAAGGAGUUCCAUAUAGUGUUUCCAUUUGAUCUAUGGAGAAUGUCAAAAUUAAAAUAUGAACAACUCUGAUGUCAUAAUUAAGGUAAAUUAAUAAGCACUAUCAAGACAUUAAUUUGUCAUC